AUGACUGACCCUCUUUGGGGACAGUUCUUGAGUCUGUGUUCAGGGAGAGGCCUGCUUCUGGAGCUGGUCUGCUGUUCACUCAGACCUUUCCCUGGUCCCACAGCCACAGCCAGUCCAGAAGUCACACGGGGGCUCAAGCUGAGUGGAGCCAAUAUUAGUGAGGACUAUUCUGAAAGUCAAGAAGAAGUUAUACAGAACAUUGCCCGGCAUCUUGCCCAAGUCAGGGAUGAAAUGGACCGUAGCAUCCAGUCAGAACUGGUGAAUGAACUGGUGGCACAUUUUAUGAAUGCUGGACUGUCAGAGGAAGACAGAAGCAACUGCCUGGACGCCACCCUGAAAGCAGCAAUGCAGACUUACCCUAACAUGGAGAACGAGAAGACCAUGCUGAUUAUGACCAUGCUAUUGGCCAAAAAGGUGGCCAAUCAUACACCAUCCUUACUCCAUGAUGUGUUUCGUGCAACAGUCAACUUUAUUAACCAGAACCUAUUUGUCUACGUGCGGGACUUAGUCAGAAAUGAGAUGGACUGAAUAGAUGACUGCAGAAGCACAACAGGCUAAAUUUGACGUUGUGACAGCAGUGUAGCUGCCUCCAGAGAGGAGCCAUGRCCACGUAAAUAGACAUCUUAGAAAAGAGAGGCCCGGAGAAGAGCUCUUUCUCCCUGAUUUCAGGAUAUUUUCAGCUGGUGACCCAUUUAGAAAUUUCUACAUUGAUGUAUUUUGGACGAAAAAGUCAACUUGCCCACCUUUGAGUGGGUCUCAUCUGCCAUCUCCUACAUGUGUACCUUGUGCCUUUAUCUCAACAGCUUACAGGUUCCCAUUUGAAAAUUACAUUGAAAAAUAAGUUGUAAG